GUGCGUGUGUGUGUGUGCAGGUUGAGGCUCAGGUAGUACUGUAACCCGAGCCUGUACCAUGUGAUCAGCAGUGGGAAUUCAGGAGGAAGACGGCAGAGGAGAGAGCGCAAUAAACCCGCGCUGAGUGAUCCACAGAUCUCGACAUGGCCGUCGGUGUGUGACGGACUGUCUCAGUGUCCGCUCAGGAGGAGAGAUCAGUACUAAGGGUUGAUCAGGAACACAGAGAAACGCCGUGAUCUGCCGCAGAAGAGCGCCGAGCUUCGGGCGCGCGCAGUCCCGGCGCGUUAAGGUGAAGCGGAAGCGACCUGCGCGCUGGAGAGAUCUGGAUGGAGCUCCGCGUCUGAAUCAGCGGAAAGGCCUGAGUGUGAUCAGGAGGGCAAGUUACGAGGAGAUUACAGUCGCUGCUGUGGUGAUAUGCAGCCCCAGCAUGGUUUUCUCCUCAGUGCUGUCCUGAGCGUCCCGAGACUCGGGGGUGUGUCAGAGGGUCGGAGGUUCGGAGUGUCGGAGGGUCCAGGCACACUGGAGCGCACCAUGCUGCAGACAGGAUUCACAACAGGCAGCGAUGUGCUCCGGCUUCUCAGAAAUGAUAAUACCACUACACCGGCUAACACCACUGAAAUUCCAAAUCCUGCAACUCCGGGAGCCAAGAUUGUGGAGAUUGUUGUGCCAAUAGUGGUAAUACUGGUGCUCAUACUGAUAGGUGUGCUGGUCUUCCUGUUCUGCGUGGUGAAGAAGAAGAGGCAGACGGAGGGAACGUACAGGCCGAGCGCUGAGGAGCAGACGGGUACGCGCAGUGUCGAGGCACCGAACGCCCUCAAACUGCCCAAAGAGGAAAGACUCAUUUGAAACACAUUCACUACUGUGAGGACGUGGUGUCGAAUGCACCAACCAUUUUACAGAACGAGUCUGAUUUCUUUUGAAUGAAUCACACAAGCACAUGGGUGCGUAACGCCUGAAGAGCGCCACAGCUGAUGGCUUUUGAUUGUUGUUGCUACACUAAAGGCUCACAAUGAGGACCUCUGUCUAAAAACACACCCAUCAUCCUCUCCUGUGAUACACUACAGAGAAAAGAGCCGCAACGAGGCGUCGUCGAAUCCAUACCUGGUUAAUUGGUUCGUGAACUGAAAACCAAGACCUGAUCUUCCCUAGAGGUUGGGGGUGUGAAUACUUUUGGAGUAGAUGGAUGUUUGUCUGCCUCUUCCCCAAACAAGAAGUUUUCCUGUUCUUGUUCGCGAAGUCUUGCUUUUGCCUGCUGCUGUAUGCUGUAAUUCAGACACUUUUAAUAUAUAUUUUUAAAAAAUUUCAUCAAUGUUUAUCCAGACAUCUUUUUUAAAUGGUUUUUUUUUUUUUUUUUAGAUUAGUUAAACCUCGAACCACUAGGAUUUACCACAAGUGAUUAUUUACCUCCCAUUUUAUUGUCCAUCAGUUGCAAACCUGAUUUUCCAGAAAUGAUUCUGGAUGAAACAUUCACAUCACUCUUGUUUUAAUCAAACUCAUGAUGAAUGUACUUGAAUUGUAUUUGUAAAAAAAAAAAAAAAAAAAAAAAAGACCACAAAUCAAUCUCAGCAUAAAUUAUCUUUUGGACCUACAGAUCAGAUCAGUUUACGUAGAUGAUAUGGUUGGUGUUUGAUUUCAUCCCUCAUAUCCAAUCCUUUCUGAUUUGGAUAAAUGAUUAAAUGAUUUGCUGUGUUUAUGUACACACAAAGCACAACCUUUCAAAAAAAAACAAAAAAAAAAAACAAUGAAUGCUUGAUUACUUGUCUAAAGAUUGGUCUAAACAUGCAAAUCUGAUAGAGAGAUAGAGAGGAAAAACAAAUAUGAGUUGAUCGUGCUGGUUAAACACAGCAGAAGACAUUUCAUGUGGAGAAGUUUUACAGUUGUAUGACUUUGUACAACGGCAAAGAAAACAGAUAUUAAAUUAUAAUUUAAUAAGA